GCCUGUGGGUUUAUGAUAAGGCAGAGCUCGGCGGGAGUGGUGCGGGCGGGAGCCGAGCGGAGCCGAGCGGAGCCGAGCGGAGAGGAAUCCAGCGGUAGAGAGCGGACUGCAGCCGGCGGGUCCCGCAGCCCUCGCCGUAGACAGCUGCGCGCGGGGCAUCGCCGGAGGGUGCGGAGCGCAACGACCCGGCGGAGCCGGCCAGGAGCCCCGCGCAGUCCGUGCCGCGCGGCGCCGCCCCGAUCCCCGCAGCCUGCCGCGCUCCCGCCGCCGGUCCGGGCAGCAUGAGGCGCGUGGCGCUCUGGCUCUGGUUCUGCGCGCUGGCGCUGCGCCUGCAGCCGGCUCUCCCGCAAAUUGUGGCCACAAAUGUGCCCCCCGAAGAUCAGGAUGGCUCUGGGGAUGACUCUGACAACUUCUCCGGCUCUGGUGCAGGUGCUCUGCAAGAUAUCACCUUGUCACAGCAGACCCCGUCCGCCUGGAAGGACGUGGCGCUUCUGACGGCCGUGCCCACAGCUCCAGAGCCCACCAGUGCAGGCAGCACCACCACCUCCACCUCCGACCUGCCCACGGGAGAGGCACCCGGGGAGGGAGAGGCAGUGUUCGUGGCCGAGGUGGAGCCUGGCUUCACCGACCAGGAGAAGGAGGCCGCCCACCCACCCAGUGAGACCACUCCGCACCCAACCACUCAUCGGCCAUCGACAGCGAGAGCCACCACGGCCCAGGGCCCGGCCACCUCCCAUCCCCACAGGGACAUGCAGCCUGGGCACCAUGAGCCCUCGGCUCCGGCGGGACCCAGCCAGCUUGACCCUCACACUCCCAGUGUGGAGGCCAGAGGUCCUUCUGCCACCGAGAGGGCCACGGAAGAUGGAGUCUCCACUCAGCUCCCAGUAGGGGAGGGCUCUGGGGAGCAGGACUUCACCUUCGACCUGUCUGGGGAGAACAUGGCCGGGACGGCGGUGGAGCCUGACCAGCGCAAUCAGCCCCCAGUGGACCACGAGGCCUCACAGGGCCUCCUGGACAGGAAGGAAGUGCUGGGAGGAGUCAUCGCUGGAGGCCUCGUGGGGCUCAUCUUUGCCGUGUGCCUGGUGGGUUUCAUGCUGUACCGGAUGAAGAAGAAGGACGAGGGCAGCUACUCCUUGGAGGAGCCAAAACAAGCCAACGGUGGAGCCUACCAGAAGCCCAGCAAGCAGGAGGAGUUCUAUGCUUGACGGGGACCAUGCCCCUCCUCCCCCUGCCACUUGCUAGGCCCCCGCUUGCCUCUUCCAUGAAGAACUGCAGGCCCUGCCUCCAUGGCAGCCCCCCAGCGCCCUGCCCGCGGACCCCCGGGGCGCACUGGGGGCUCUCGACGCUGCUUCUCUGACUUCUGCCUGAACACUUGGGCGCAGGGGCUUUCUCGCGCGUGACCCUUCCACCACAGCCAGCACCUGGCAUCUCCUGACUCCGUUUCUCCAACCUGGAGCAGCCCCUCCCCAGGCCCAAAUCUGGAGGGGAAGGGGACCCUGCAGCUUUGGCCCUGGAUGGGGCCGCUGGCUGGGGGCUGGCACAUCUGUCGCACUUGCUGGCGGAGACCCCUGAUCUGGGGGCGUUUCCAUCCCCGAGGGGCGGGGAGAGGCGUUCAGAGCUCCAUCGGAUUCACAUUGUUUUGCGGGGGGGUGGGGGGUGGGGGGUCUCCUUUAGAUACCAACUUGUUUUUGCACAUGUUUCCUCUAGUUUCUCUGUUCGUAGCCCAGUAGACUUUGUUACUCCUGAGGUAAGGUAAGUAAAUUGAUUAGGUUACCCCCGUCUUCUAAUCUACAGCGAGGAGACAGCAUCAGGGUUCAGACUUGUUUUUUUUUUGUUUGUUUGUUUGUUUUGUUUUUAAACUAGGAGAACCAAAUCUGGAAGCCAACAUAUAGGCCUAGUUUGUGUGUUGUCUCUGAGUUUGUCACUCAUGUGUGCAACAGGGUAUGGAAGGCCUGCCGGGUGGCCCCGGGGCUGGGCUGGCUGAUCCCGGCUGCCCACGGGCAGUCGCCGCUGGAGCAGCGGUGCCCGUGGCCGUGGCCAUGGGGCCGCCGCCGUGGCCAGGCUGCUGUAAAGCCGAGGAGCUAUGGGAGAAUGGAAUCCUGGCACCUCUGGCCAGGGACCAAGGAGAGAGGACUGUGGGGCGGGAGACGGGGCAGUGGGCCCAGAGAGUCUCCCGUGGACCGAGCCCUGCCUUGGGUGCCCCAGAAAAUGUCUCUGGGGGACAUUUUCUUCCAGAAGGUGACGUGAGGGGCCUGGGCACACACCUGGCACGGAGCCAUUCCACGCAGGACCAGGUUCACCUUCAGUUCGCUCCGGUGGCCCUGCCCUGGGCUGGAAUCAGGAAUGUUCCAAAGAGUGAUAGUCUUUUGCUUUUGGCAAAACUCUACUUAAUCCAAUGGGUUUUUCCCUGUACAGUAGAUUUUCCAAAUGUAAUAAACUUUAAUAUAAAGUA